AUGAAGUCAGAGAAAACAGAAGUAGAAGGAAGAGCAUUAUUCAGUACGUACACUUACGAGUACAGGCUGUAUCAGAAGAUAAAAAACUUUGUCGAAACACAUAUACUGUCAAUCAAUCUACCUAAAGCCGCUCGACUGAUCGGAUUCAGAUCGUUCGGGCUGAAAAAAUUCUUCCUGCCACUGCUGAUCGGCAUGCAAGUGUUCAAAAGCAUACUGCUGGCGAUGUUCCUUCCAAGUAUCUUGGGAAGUUUCGGCAAGAUUCUCGGUAAAGGUAUCAGCCAACUAUCAGCCGCCUCCAGCCAGGCGAGCUAUCCGCCAGCGAACCCUGAUGACCAGUCUGCGUACAAUAACGACAACAAGGACUUCAUGGGGUACGACUCCAAUCAGGCCGGCAGUUACUCGUACCCCCAGGAAGGACUGUACGAGGCAAUGGCCGAGGCAAACGAUGCGAAUGACUUGUCCAACGUUGACAUGUCUAGGUUCGGCGCGGGCGGUCAAAAAGUGUCAUACCUGCCAACCAAGAAUAGUUACUACAAAAACCAAAUGUCCGGCAACAAUUAUAAGAUCUUCCAGAAGAUUCCAUCGUCCUCGAUGAUCCUCAGCAAUUACGACCCGUUUUAUUCGCCCUUGCUCUCUCGUCUCGAUGGUAUCUUCGCAAGAUUAGGUCUGGCGCCGUCUGAGAACGCGAUCGACAACGGUAUGCAGGUCGGUGGUCAAAGUGUGAGUGACGUCAAGCUUGAGUCAUGCCGGGAGCAGCUCAUCUGCCUAAUGUACGCCAGCCCGGCGAAGUACGCGCCCUACAGCAACCUCGUGUCGGCCCAGUUGAGCAGGGAGCUAAAUGAAUUGCGAAGGCCGGUAUCGGACAAUCCAGAGAUCCUGCGCUUCUUCCGCUACAUGAGGGCGGCAAGACGUGGUCAAGAAGGAGCAGACUGCAUUAGCGCCCACCCCACAUCUAAGGACCUGACGGAUUCCAACAGGCGAAAGACUAUGCUG